AUGUCCAAAUUGAAGUCUGUUGUUUAUUCGGACCACUCUUCACCUUUAGAAUUUGAAGAAGGAUGGAGCUCAGUUAUAUUAGAGUAUAAAUUGCAGGAUAACGAAUGGCUGUCUGCUAUGUUUAGGAGGCGUAAAAGUUGGAUUCCCGCAUACUUUUUAGAAAUUGAUAUGGCAGGCUUGUUACGCACCACGUCGAGAAUCCGUACAGUAGAAGAUGACAAGAAUUCAUCCAAGACACCAAGGUUGGAGACUACAUUAGAGAUUGAAAAAGAUGCUGCACGUAUGUACAGGCUGGCUCUCUACUACCGUGUUAGGGAAGAAAUAAAAAAUGCUUUUGUUCAUACAAGCAUGCCCGAGAUGACACAAACCGAUGAGACACGGGUUUUUAUGUGCAAAGAUGAUUUACUCAAAUGCAAACUAUUCAAGCAAUGUGCCAUUCAUAGAAUCCCACGUCAAUUUGUAAAAGCCAGGUGGACAAAAGAUGCAUUGAAAAAUCAUUCCUCAAUAGGCUCGCUUGAAACUCCAUCGAAUUGUAACAGGACUGAGCAGACAAAACUCAAACGUACAAGAGCAUGGUUUGAAUUCGAGAGCUGUUUGGACUUGGUUGGCGAUGAUGAGGACAAGUUGGAUAUGGUGAGGUUACUUUUACGAGACAUGGGAGCAAAGUUGAAGAAGGAUUCUGAACAUGAUGACGAACCAGGUCAGGCACACCGAGCUGAUGCAUAUAUAGGGCCUGUACCACUUAAUGAGGAAUGCAUUCGGAAUCCUAAUAUCAGCAAGAACAAAGGUAGUGGCUCACACAUUAAAAGUACUCGAGAGAUAUCUAUUCAGUCUAAGGGACAACGUACAUGCAGCAUUUGUAAUAAAACCGAAGGACACAAUGCGUGCACGUGCCCCACUCUAAAAAAAUAG